AUGGUGAAAUGGUGGCAGGUGGGGGGGUCUUCGAACGCGGACAUCGCCGAUGCUGCCGACGUAGCCAGGGCCGUCCAGCCCGCGGAGGCGACGUGGAGAGCACAAGAUGACUGGCCGUUCUUCGACUCGCGUCUGGUGGUGGAGACGUCUGCGCAGUUUGUUGCAGCCUCCUUUCGAAUUAGAGCUGGUCAGACAGACCUUCGGAGCCCACGGAGUGAGUCCAAGGCUGGCUCCAGGCCAAGUCCAGAGGACGACGGCUUCCAGGCUGCCGUGCCGCCACAAGUGCAGCUGCCGGCGCUCAAGAGCAGCAGCAAAAGCGUAGCACGCAAGACGGAGACGAGGGACUUCCGGCUUCGCCAUGCGGCCUGCUGUCACGCUCAUCACUUCGUCGGCUUCGAGCGCCUGGCCACGGAGCUCGUCCCCAGGAGCCGACACUUGAGAGACCAGCUCAGGCAGACGCUUUGGUCCUUGUGUGUGGUGCCUGGGAACCUCAAGUCCGUCGCGGAAGUGGAUCGAGAGCAGCUAGAUGAGCUGAUUGAGUCGGAGGUGGAGAGAUAUCUGCGAUCUCGGUUGGUCGUCUGUCAGCUCACU